UAUGAAUUAUCCGAAACUGCUCUGUCUUCUCCGUUUCUCUAUCAUUCGAAUCGUCUACCAUAACUACCAAACCACCAAGAAUCUCUGAAAGCACUCUUUCACUUUCUCUCUCUGCGCUUCAAUGUCGUCUAUGCUUGACUCUGUAACGGUUACUCGAGUUUCUGCUCUGCCGAUUGCAGCUUCUCGAUCUUCCGCGGUUUCGUCGGUUUCUGGACGCCGGAUUUCCCCGGCGAGGCUGCCGGAAUUCAGAGGUUUGAGGAUCAUUCCUGGUUCAUUCACUAGUUCUAUUGGAUCGUUGAGGCAGGAACCGAGUCGCAGACCGCAUUUCGCUCGUGGCGGACGAAUCGUCUGCGAGGCUCAGGAUACUGCCGCCGCCGUCGAAGUACCCAACAUCUCUGACUCGGAUUGGCAAUCACUCGUACUUGAAUCCGAAAACCCUGUCCUGAUCGAAUUCUGGGCUCCAUGGUGCGGCCCGUGCCGUAUGAUCCACCCCAUAGUUGAUCAACUGGCCAACGAAUUCGGGGGGAAAUUCAACUUCUACAAAGUGAACACGGACGAGAGCCCAGACACAGCGGAUCGUUACGGGAUACGCAGUGUUCCAACCGUAAUGGUAUUCAAGGACGGCGAGAAAAAGGACAGUAUCAUAGGAGCUGUCCCCAAGGAGACAUUGGAGAAGACUAUAGAGAGGUUCUUGUAGAGGAAACGGGCAAAACAUUUUCCUAUGUUUCAUCUCAAGGUAACAAAUUGUGGAAGAUGAAAAUAGAUUCGUUGUCAUUUUGCAACGUAUAGCGAUGGAAAUUGCGUUGUAAAAUGGUAACAAAAAAAAAAUAUCGGUAUAAUUUGGUUUAUUUUGGUAUAAUAUUGGUAUGAACUGUAUAAAUUA